AAAAUGACAAGGUGAAAACAUAACCUCACUUUUCAGGUUGCGGAAUUAUAGUAAAAAUAUGUUUAAAAAUCUAUUAAACAGGCUGAGCCCGCAAUCUUUAUCAUGCGGGAUCCAUACUACCACCUGCCUGAACGAGGUGCAGUUACUCACACGACUUCGAGUAGUGGAUAAUUCAGAAAUUGGCAAGCGAGCUAUGGCUGAAGGCAAACCACCCAAAGUUAUUUGUGUUUACAACAAAAAACGCGUCGGCUACAUCGGUGACAGAGUAAUGGUGGCAAUCAAGGGGCAGAAGAAGAAAGGCAUCCUGGUGGGCUUGAAGCAGGUGCAGCAUGUGAAGGUGCCGCGUUUCGACAGCAACAACGUGGUGCUGAUCGACGACAACGGCACGCCGCUGGGCACGCGCAUCCACGUGCCCAUCCCCACCAUCCUGCGCACCAUCCUCAAGGAGCGGACACAUGCCAAGGGAGCAGACUACACCAAACUUCUUGCAAUAGCCACCAGAUUUGUUUAGCCAUUAGUUGUAGAUAUUUUUAAUAAUUAUUAAUAUUUGUAAAUAGGUAGAUAUUCAAUUGUUUUGUUUAUCACGGUUCGGCUGUGGCUGUUGCUGCUGUGUGGACUGGGACUGAAGCAUGCUGCUUCAACCCCAAAUAUUUGUGCACUACACUUUUACGUUAGGGAAUAUAGUUCUGUGCCUUGAUACCUACUUGUGUACUUUUCUUGUUUUUAAUAUCUGAGAUACCUACACCAUGAGAUCAGAAAUCAUAAAAUUAAAGAGUUUAUACAGCUAAUCAAACAAACAAGGUAUCCAGUUACUCUUAUUAUAAUUUGCAAAAUAUUGUAAUAAGUAUGUAGGCUGAUCUAGAAGAUGUAAAAUAGUUGAAAAGAAUUGAAAAAUGUAUAAACCCAACAGGUGUGGAAUAGUGAUUAGAAAUAAAACAACAAAUUGAAAUUGAAAA